AUGGAGGCAGAAAGACUCAAUUGGUUGAGGAGAAACCAAUUAAAACUAAGAGUUUCCAAAUAUCAACGGUGGAACAACAAAUCAGUUAAUAAUGGACAAACAUCUCAACCAAAAAGUGGUAAACGGAUUGUUCUUCCAUCUACCUUUGUUGGAAGUCGAAGAUAUUUGGAUCAGUUGUAUUUUGAUGGUAUGGCUAUAUCUAGCAAUGUUGGUUUUCCGGAUAUAUUUAUAACAUUCACUUGCAAUCCUAACUGGCCAGAAAUUCAAAGGUGUGUCCUUAAGGAUAAUUUGAAGCCUCAUGAUCGUCCUGAUAUCAUAACACGAAUUUUCAAAAUGAAAUUCGAUGCACUGAUGAAAGACUUAACAAAGAAUCAUGUCCUUGGGAAAGUUUUGGCAUAUUUGUAUACUAUUGAAUUUCAAAAGAGAGGGUUGCCACAUGCUCAUAUUCUUAUUUUCCUACAUCCAUCUAGCAAAUAUCCAACCCCUGCAGAUAUAAACCGCAUCAUUUCAGCCGAAAUUCCAAAUCCAGAUACUGAGAAAGAGCUAUAUCACUUGGUCAAAACUCAUAUGAUCCAUGGUCCGUGUGGAUUAGCAAAGUCGUCAUCACCAUGUAUGAAGGAUAAAAAAUGCUCUAAAUUUUUUCCAAAACAGUGGCAUGAAGAGACAAUUGUUGACCAUGAGGGGUUUCCAGUUUAUAGGCGAAGAAGUUUAAAUUCUCACACUGUUACAAAAUGUGGAAUAACCCUCGACAACCGACAUGUUGUGCCUUACAAUCCCAUGUUGUUGCUCAAGUACCAAGCUCAUAUCAAUAUGGAGUGGUGUAACCAACGUACAUCAAUCAAAUACUUAUUCAAGUAUAUCCAUAAAGGUUAUGAUCGAAUUACUGCCAGAGUUGUUCCAUGCAAUGAUAACCAAGAAGUUGUAAUUGAUGAGAUCAAGCAAUAUUUAGAUUGUAGGUAUAUUUCUCCAAGUGAAGCAAGUUGGAGAAUGUUCUCUUUUCCAAUUCAUGGUAGAAAGCCAGCGGUUGAACGUAUGUUCUUUCAUCUCAUUGGAGAAAAUCCAGUGGUCUUCACAGAUUAUCAGAGAAUGGAACAUGUUCUUGAAAAACCAAGUGUCACUGAAUCCAAGUUCACUUCAUGGUUUAAGGCAAAUUAUUUGCAGUUAACAGAAGAAGAAUUGAUGAACUUAACUCUUCUUGAAAUUGAAAAGAUUUUGGAACUAAACAGAAAGAGUUUGGCAGAUUUCAAACCCAUGCCUUAUCCAAAGGAUUAUAUCACAGCUCAAUUAGGAAACAGACUAAUAUAUGAUGAGAGAAAUUACAAUGUUGAAGCAUUGAAACAAGAAUUUGAACAAUUGUACCGAUCAUUGACAGAUGAACAGAAGAUUAUAUUUGAUAAGAUUAUGAAAGCUGUAUCUGACCAGAAAGGUGGAGUCUUCUUUCUUCAUGGCUAUGGUGGAACAGGAAAGACUUUCAUGUGGCAAACACUUGCCAGUGCAUUAAGAUGCAAAUUGCAAAUUGUCUUGACAGUUGCAUCAAGUGGUAUAGCAUCUCUUUUACUCCCAGGAGGUAGAACUGCCCAUUCAAAGUUUAGAAUACCUGUUCCAACUGAAGAAAAUUCAACCUGCAACAUUGAAUAUGAUAGCGAUCAUGCUGAGUUACUACAACAAACCAAAUUGAUUAUAUGGGACGAAGCACCAAUGACUCACAAAUAUUGCUUUCAGGCUUUGGACAGAACAUUGAAGGAUAUCAUGAGCGAAUACACAGACUCAGAUAAAAUAUUUGGUGGCAAAGUUGUUGUUUUUGGUGGUGAUUUUCGACAGAUACUACCUGUGGUUCCAAGAGCAAAUAGAUCUGAAAUUGCUAAUUCUUCCAUAAAUGCUUCAAACAUAUGGGAUCAUUGUGAGGUUCUCACAUUAACAAAAAACAUGCGUUUACAGUGUGGAUCAAGUGACUCAGAGAAACAUGAAAUGGCUGAGUUCUCCAAAUGGAUUUUAGAUGUGGGUGAAGGAAAAAUAAAUGAACCAAAUGAUGGUGUUGCUGAUAUACAAAUUCCAGAUGAAUUGUUAAUCAAGGAUUUUGAGCAUCCAAUUCCUGCUAUUGUUAAUAGCACAUACCCUGAUUUAUUGCUGAAUUAUCAAGAUUACGACUUCUUGAGUUCUCGAGCUAUUUUAGCAUCAACUAUUGAAGUUGUGGAAGAAAUCAAUCAAUAUGUCCUUGGAUUAAUACCAGGGGAGGAAAAUGAAUACUUAAGUGCAGAUUCGGUAGAUAGGUCAAAAGCUAAUGAUACUAACUUCUGUGAAGUACUUACACCUGAAUUCCUAAAUUCACUUCGUACUUCAGGUUUACCAAAUCACAAAAUUAAACUUAAAGUAGGAACUCCAAUUAUGCUUAUGAGGAAUAUAGACCAAGCACAAGGAUUAUGCAAUGGCACCAGAUUAAUAAUUGCUAAGCUCGGCAAAUGUGUUUUAGCUGCAAGAGUUAUGUCAGGUAAACAAAAGGGAAAUUUGGUUUAUAUUCCACGUAUGGAAUUGUCACCAUCACAGUCUCCAUGGCCUUUUAAAUUGAUUAGGAGACAAUUUCCUAUUAUUGUUUCUUAUGCAAUGACCAUUAACAAGUCACAAGGUCAGUCUUUAGACUGUGUUGGUCUAUAUUUGCCGAAGCCAGUGUUCAGUCACGGACAGUUGUAUGUUGCUAUUUCAAGGGUUAAGACAAAGAAAGGUUUGAAGAUAUUAAUUCUUGAUGAAGAUAAAAAACCUACCAAUAUUACAACUAAUGUAGUAUUCAAAGAGGUGUUCCAAAAUGUUAUGUAA